UCUCUCUCUUCCCACCAAACCCAGAGAGACCCUGACUCAAAUGGCAAUGGCGCUUCGCAGACUCAUCAACAAGCCCCUGCUUAAACCUCUCGUCGGCGCCAAUGGCGGCUCCGUCUACCACAUGUCAGGUCUGUCCAGCCAAGCAGCUCAGGAAAAGGAGCAAGCUCGUGCUACUUGGAUAAAGCAACUCAAUGAGCCGCUUGAGGUUAUUGAUCCCGAGAUUAAUGAUAUCAUCGAGCUCGAAAAAGCUCGGCAAUGGAAGGGGCUUGAGCUCAUUCCUUCAGAGAAUUUCACAUCUCUGUCGGUGAUGCAAGCUGUCGGGUCUGUCAUGACCAACAAGUACAGUGAAGGAUAUCCCGGUGCUAGAUACUACGGAGGAAAUGAAUACAUCGACAUGGCUGAGACCCUUUGCCAAAAACGCGCAUUUGAAGCUUUUCAGUUAGAUCCUGCAAAAUGGGGAGUGAAUGUCCAGUCAUUAUCUGGAUCCCCUUCUAACUUCCAAGUGUACACUGGAUUGUUGAAACCUCAUGAAAGAAUUAUGGCUCUUGAUCUGCCUCAUGGUGGACAUCUUUCUCAUGGUUAUCAGACCGACACCAAAAAAAUAUCUGCUGUGUCAAUAUUCUUUGAGACAAUGCCGUACAGAUUGGAUGAAACCACUGGUUACAUUGACUAUGAUCAGUUGGAGAAAAGUGCCACACUGUUCAGGCCCAAGCUAAUAGUUGCUGGUGCCAGUGCGUAUGCACGCUUGUAUGAUUAUGCACGCAUACGCAAGGUCUGUGAUAAGCAGAAAGCUAUUUUGUUAGCUGAUAUGGCACACAUCAGCGGAUUGGUUGCCGCAGGUGUUAUUCCAUCGCCUUUUGAGUAUGCAGAUAUUGUUACAACCACAACUCACAAGUCACUUCGUGGCCCUCGAGGGGCUAUGAUCUUCUUCAGGAAGGGGGUCAAAAAUGUAAACAAGCAAGGGCAAGAAGUUAUGUAUGACUAUGAAGACAAAAUUAAUCAAGCCGUCUUUCCUGGACUCCAAGGUGGUCCACACAAUCACACCAUAUCUGGGUUAGCAGUUGCACUCAAGCAGGCCACAACUCCAGAGUUCAAAGCUUACCAAGAGCAAGUUCUCAGGAAUUCCUCAAAAUUUGCAGAGGUCUCUUUAUGCCCUCUGAACAUGCAGAGCUUGCUAGAGAAGAGCUAUGAUCUUGUUUCUGGUGGAACCGACAACCAUUUAGUGUUAGUGAAUUUGAGGGGAAAGGGAAUUGAUGGUUCAAGAGUUGAAAAGGUUAUGGAAGCAGCUCAUAUUGCAGCAAAUAAAAAUACUGUCCCAGGGGAUGUUUCUGCCAUGGUCCCUGGUGGUAUACGUAUGGGGACCCCAGCUCUCACAUCGAGGGGUUUUAUGGAGGAUGACUUUGCAAAAGUAGCCGAGUAUUUUGAUGUAGCGGUGAAGAUAGCCCUGAAGAUUAAGGCUGCUACAAAAGGUACUAAGUUAAAGGAUUUUGUGGCAACUCUGGAAUCAGAUAGUCAAAUCCAGUCUGAGAUUGCAAAGCUACGCCACGAGGUUGAGCAGUAUGCUAAAGAAUUUCCAACUAUUGGAUUUGAGAAAGAAACAAUGAGAUACAAAGAAUGAAGAAACCUCGUGGAGCGUUGUUACAGAACAAAUUUAUUCAACAGGCAACAAUUGUGCCUGCAGAUGACUACAGUGCCAAAGCAGAUAGCGAUCUUAAAAAUCUGCAAUUUCAUGCAAGGAACACGGUAGACAUUCACCAAUACAAUAAUGAAGAAUCUAUGUACAUGUUUGGAUCUUGUUUAUUGUUUCAUUGAUUCUUGUGCCGAAGCUUGUCCACAUUAGGGUAGUUAUUCCUUAUCCUUUCAAUGACCUAGACUAUUUUUGUAUCCAUUGAGCUCUUGUCAGCAUGAACUGUCAUUAUUGUUCCCAGCUUUGAUCUGUUUAAGAGCAUUUGAUGGAAGCUUAACUGUAUAAAUUUAUCGGCCUCGUUUAAAUAUUCAUUUUGUAUUCUAAUAUGUGAACGAUCUUCCUCCAACUACUCUUACAUUACGUCUUGUGUUAAAUGUCUUUAUACGUGCAAGUCUGAAAUUUGUUGGUGAUUGACUUAGUUUCUGCAUAUAUUUCAAUUUUCAGUUCGGAUAUAGGUUCUAUUGGUUCUUGUCAUUUCAUGAAUAUCGUAGUCUAAUAUAGAUUUUGUCAUCUCGAAAUUCACGCAAAGGAUUGCCCUAGUUCUUUUUGUUUCGUGUAGUCACUCACCGGGCAAACUGGAUCAGCACCCU